AUGACCAACUUGAGGUUCCUCCAAGCAGAUGGUGUGGAUUUCACCGGAGAUUUCCAAAGCUUACUUCUUGAAUUAAGAUGGCUUCGGUGGAAGUACUGUCCAUUAAAUUUUGCUGCGGACAACUUUCACCUGAAGAAAUUAGUUGUACUCGAUCUAUCAAAGAGUGCCAUUUCGGAGGAGUGGGGAGGAUGGGAUCUACUCAAGAUGGUGACUGAGCUCAAAGUUCUCGACCUCAUGUGGUGUCGAUCUUUGAAAAGAACUCCCAACUUGUCCACUUUCCAAAGGUUGGAGAUUUUGACUCUUGCAAAUUGUGUGAAUCUGGAAGAGCUUCAUCCUUCUAUUGGUUGUUUAAUGAAGUUGGAGCGUCUAUCUCUCAAUCGUUGUAAAAUUUCUCAACUUCCUAAAUUCAAUGGUGCCAUGAAGGAGCUCAAGGUUAUUAUUGCCUAUGAUUGUGUUGAUUUAGUCCACAUCCCCAGCUCCAUAGGAAAUCUAGCAUCUCUGCAAAGGUUGGAGUUAGGUGGCUGCCGCUCAUUAACAGAGAUCCCCGACUCUAUUGGAAAUCUGGCAUCAUUGAUCGACUUGGACUUAGCAAGGACAUCGAUUACGAAAUUACCCGAAAGCAUUGGGAAUUUGCAAAAUUUGAGGGUCUUGAAUAUUUGUGAAACUGGCUUAACAAAAUUGCCUGAAUCCAUUGGUGCCAUGAAGGAGCUCAAGGUUAUUAUUGCUUAUGAUUGUUUAAAUUUAGUCCACAUCCCCAGCUCCAUAGGCAAUCUAGCAUCUCUACAAAGGUUGAAGUUAGGUUUCUGCCGCUCAUUAACAGAGAUCCCCGACUCUAUUGGAAAUAUGGCAUCAUUGGUCAAGCUAGACUUAAAAGGGACAUCGAUUACAAAAUUACCUGAAAGCAUUGGGAAUUUGCAAAAUCUGAGGAUCUUGUAUAUUUGGGGAACUAGCAUUACGGAAUUGCCCGAUGCCAUUGGAAUGUUGACAAAACUCCAAAAGUUGGAAGCUUGGGAUUGCGAAAACCUGGAGCGACUACCUAGGGCAGUCUUUGCCCCAUCUUUCCCAACUAACCCGUCUCAAGAUACUCUUUCUUCACGAUUGCCGUCGGCUUGA